CCGCGAAAGCUUAAAUAAAAAGUCGAGGUGCAACUUCCUCGUACAGUGACCAUCUGGCGGAUAAGCACAAUAUACGGAAGGCGCGACACUUGAAUCUCAUUUCGCACCAUUGAGAAGGCGCGACCAUGCCCGGGCUCACUCGGCUGCAGUGUCGCUCUCUGAUGCGACUCUCCGGACGUGCCACUCCCAUCGCGCGCCAACAAGUCACUAACAAAACGCCGCCGGCAAGGCACGCCUCCUCGCAAGCGGCGUCUAAUGGAUCCAAGGAACGCAUCGUCAUUCUCGGCUCCGGGUGGGCAGGGUACGCCGUCGGCCGCACUCUAAAACCCUCGACGGCAACCCGUAUCCUCAUCUCACCUCGAUCCCACUUCGUCUUCACGCCUCUGCUAGCUUCGACGUCUGUCGGCACGCUCGAGUUUCGAGCUGCCAUCGAGCCCGUCCGCCGCCUCAACCUCGAUGAGUUCCAUCAGGCGUGGGCAUCCGACAUUGACUUUCAGCGCAAAGUCAUUCGCGUUGAGGCGAAUACGCGUGGCGAUGUCGGCGCGGUGACGGGCAUCCAGCUGACCAAGGGCACCGAGUUCGAAGUGCCUUACGACAAACUCGUCCUCGCAGUCGGCUGCUACAGCCAGACGUUUGGCAUCGAGGGCGUCAAAGAGCAUGCCUGCUUCCUGCGCGACAUCGGCGACGCGCGCAUCAUUCGUCUCAAGGUCCUGGCCGCCUUCGAAAAGGCAAGCUUGCCUACCACGAGCGACGAAGAGCGGCACAAGCUACUGCACUUUGCCGUCGUCGGUGGAGGGCCCACUGGCAUUGAGUUUGCUGCCGAGCUGCACGACUUGGUGAGAGAUGACUUGUCAAAGCUCUUUCCCGAUCUGAAGCGCUUCGUCGCCAUCACCAUCUACGACAUUGCACCAAAGGUCCUACCCAUGUUCGAUCAGAGCUUGGCCAACUACGCCACCGAGAUGUUUCGACGUCAGGGCAUCACCGUCAAGACUGAGCAUCACCUGCAACGGAUACGGCGAGAGGGUGACCAUCUCAUGUUGAAGGCGAAGGAGCUGCCGGAAGAGGUCGGGGCCGGUGUUGUCGUCUGGAGCACGGGCCUGACCCAGAAUCCGCUGACGAGUCUAUUGUUGGGCCGCGAGAUCGACGGCCUGGGCAAGAUCGCCAAAGACCCACGGACAGGCGGCAUCGUCACGGAUGAGCACAUGCGCGUGCAGCUCGAGCCUCUGCAGGCAAAGGUAUCCACAGCGCCUUCGGCCGCGGAAUCACCCACCACACCGCUGCCAGACGUCUUUGCGGUGGGCGAUUGCACCGCCGUCAAGGGGCGCAACUACCCGGCCACGGCCCAAGUGGCCAGCCAGCAGGCGGCGUACUUAGCCAAGCAGCUCAACAAGGGCGAGGCCAACUCAUCGUCGUCAGCCCCUUUCAAGUUCCGCAACUUAGGCACCAUGGCAUACCUGGGCAGCUGGCGGGCCAUCCACCAGAGCGGCAAGGACGAGCUCAAGGGCCGCGCGGCCUGGAUUCUGUGGCGGACGGCGUACCUUACCAAGAGCAUGAGCAUCAAGAACAAGAUCAUGAUUCCGGUAUACUGGCUGAUUACCUGGCUUUUCGGACGGGAUAUCUCAAGGUUUUAAAUGCUGGACGGGUAGGCGUUUGGGUAGACGAAAAUAUAGAAGGGCGACUUCGCACUAUUGUUCUGGGCGAAUGAGGCCAGUAAAAUGAACAUUUCCCUCCAUAGUUGCGCAGACGUUCCGUCCUCCGUGCAGCGGAUCUGUGAUAGAUGCUAGCAGGUAUUGUGAACGGCAGGUCAACUCAGCGACCGACCACGCAGACGCAGAUAUUCCAGCCUAAAAAAAAAUGUCGUAGCAAAAGCAGUGC